AUGCGGGAGGCGAAGCUGGAGCCCGACGUCGUCUGCUACAGCGCUGGGAUCAGCGCGUGCGAGAAUGGCGAGCAGUGGCAACGGGCGCUGGCGCUGCUGGGCGAGAUGUGGGAGGCGAAGCUGGAGCUCGACGUCAUCAGCUACAGCACUGGGAUCAGCGCGUGCGAGAAGGGUCAGCAGUGGCAGCCGGCGCUGGCACUGUUGAGCGAGAUGCGGGAGGCGAAGCUGGAGCCCGACUCAGCUACAACGCUGGGACCAGCGCGUGCGAGAAGGGCGGGCAGUGGCAGCGGGCGCUGGCGCUGCUGA